GCGGUUCCGUCUCGCCCUGAGGCCGUCACUUCCCCGGGGCGGGACCGCGGCUGGAGGCGAGCCCCGGCCCGUGGGACCGGCGGCGGCAGCGAGCGGCGCUGAGAGGCUGCCGAGGGCACAGCCCGUCCCGAGCAGCGGGUUUGAACCCCCCGCACCCGCGGAGGGUCUCUGCAAACAGAAGUGAACUGAUAUCUGGUGCUUUUAAUUCCAAGCAAGAUGAAGAUACCCUCUGUACUGCUGAGGUUUCCUCCUCGUUAUCUCUUCAGAAGAAUGUAUUUCAAGAACUUUCACUGCACUUACAGAUCAGAUUUCCCAUGCAUUGAGUCUCUCAUGCCGGUGCGCCUGUAUCAUACAAAACGGUUAUGUUCAUCAGAGGGUUUGAAAAGAGAGCUGUGUCACCAAGCUGCCCCUGACCAGCAAGCAGAGGGUCUCUCUGACAGAGAAAACAGACUCAUAGACAGACUUUACAGUGGACUCAUCCAGGGCCACAGAGCCUGUUUAGCUGAAGCCAUUACACUUGUAGAAUCAACUCAAGCUAGGAAAAAGAAAAUAGCCCAGGUGCUCCUUCAGAAGGUAUUAUCCUACCACAGGGAACAAGAAAAGUUAAAUCAAGGAAAGCCACUUGCCUUUAGAGUGGGGUUGUCUGGUCCUCCUGGUGCUGGGAAAUCAACUUUCAUAGAAUGCUUUGGGAAAAUGCUUACAGAAAGAGGACACAAAGUGUCGGUGUUGGCUGUAGACCCUUCUUCUAGUACAAGCGGUGGUUCUCUAUUGGGUGAUAAAACACGGAUGACUGAGUUGUCAAGAGACAUGAAUGCAUACAUCAGACCAUCUCCAACAAGAGGAACAUUAGGAGGUGUAACAAGGACCACGAAUGAAGCCAUUCUGCUCUGUGAAGGAGGAGGCUAUGAUGUUGUUCUUGUGGAAACAGUAGGUGUGGGACAGUCAGAAUUUGCUGUGGCUGAUAUGGUCGAUAUGUUUAUAUUACUGCUGCCACCUGCAGGUGGAGAUGAAUUACAGGGUAUCAAACGGGGUAUAAUUGAGAUGGCAGAUCUAGUUGCUAUAAAUAAAGCUGAUGGUGAUUUAAUUGUGCCUGCACGGAGAAUACAAGCAGAAUAUAUUAGUGCUAUGAAGCUGCUUCGCAAGCGUUCAAAGGUUUGGAGACCAAAGGUAAUGCGUAUCUCUGCCAAAACUGGAGAAGGUAUCUCAGAUAUGUGGGAUAAAAUGACAGAAUUUCGUGACCUCGUGCUCACGAGUGGUGAGCUGCUUGCCAAACGACGGAAACAGCAGAAAGUGUGGAUGUGGAAUCUCAUCCAAGAAAAUAUGCUGGAACACUUCCGGAGUCACUUGGCAGUCAAGGAUAAGAUUCCACUUCUAGAAGAAAAAGUUCUUAGUGGUGUCUUGUCUCCUGGGCUGGCAGCUGACCUGCUGCUGAAAGCAUUCAAAGAUGGUCUCUAAACACUGUAGUAUACUGUGUUCUUGCUACAUUCUUCAUGUAAACAUAAACAUUAAAUACAGUUUUUCUAUGUGUGGAUUCAAAUGUUUUGCUACACCAGACAUUAAUGGCAUGCAUAUCCAGUAAUCUGCCAAAAAAAAAUGGUGAAAAAAUAUUUGGGCAAAAAUACUCUAUAUGUAAAGAUCGUGACAAAUACAGCAAGACUCAGAGACUGUUACAGAUUAUAUUUGGACAAAAGCACAUUUCUAAGUCUCCCAUCUGUACACACCGUGGAUUUACUGGUCACAAAUGUGUCAAAAGGGCUGGUUUUGAGAAAAGUUUGGUGUUGCAGAGUCUCAUUGUGGAACCAUCUCAGAGCUGAUUGGCAGUGCAGCUUUCCAUUCUGGUACAGUAUCAGCCGUUGCCUUUUCCUUCCUCACCUUUAGUGGCUACAAGAACAGUGGGUUUCCCUGAUAGAACCUGACACAGUUUUAAAUAAAUUGUGUGCAUAUAAAUAGAGCAUAGUGUUUGAUAACUGGUUGGGAGUUGCUGAACUAUGUGCUGGGAGAAGGGAAUAUAAACGAACCCAGAUUCUAAAUGGACAUUUUAAUAAAAAAGCAAAGUUUAAUUAGACUUUUUAAAAUACAGACAUCAGAUGGAACCAGUGCUAUCUACAAUGUUUUAAUCGCAAUUGGUUUUGUAGUAGAGUAAUUGAUUUACUCUAUUACUUUUUAGUAAUAAUGAUUUGAGGUUCUGAUCUGACUAAAGUAACUUUUUCUGCUUCGAACAAAAUGCCCGGCAGGUUUUUCCUAUCUUGUAGAAAGUGUGGCUACUUAGGACCAAAAGUUUUUUUUUUUUUUUUCCUUUUCCCUUGAGAACAUGUCUAUAGGUGUCAUUUUUUUAAUCCGUGAACUCGAAAGCAGGGUUCAUUUGGUACCUAUUAAAUAUGAAGAAUAAAAUGGAAAAAUGGUGAUUUCUGGAGACUUGACAAAAAUGCAGGACAUUUUAUGAGUCUAUUGUUGUUUACAUGAAAUAACUUAAAAGGUAAGUAUUGGUAGUGAUAAUUUUUAUAGUCUUGAUUUUCUGUGCAUGUACUAAAUGGGAUGAUGUCUUUCACUCCUUAUUUAAGCUCAGUUUUACCUCCUUGAAUUCCGAAGUAGUAUGUGUUUUACACAACAUUUGAGUUCUGGCAACCUGAGUCUGAAUUUUUCAGACAAUUCCAGGGUAGCAGUGAAUCUGUGUAAUUUGAUCCUCUUUCUUUUUGCCUUCAUUUUUUUUACCCCAGGGAGAAGUUUUUUUUCUCUUCCCUUAGCACCAAUUGUUAUAUUGUGUCCCCAGCUAAGUCUCCUUUUUUGUGGUAGACCUCUGUGCUUCAGAAUUUUCAUUCCAGUAUAGGUAUAAUUUAGUAACUAUCAGAAAAGAUGAAUGAGUGUUGAAAAUGCUGAGCAUUUUUUUUUCCUUUGGUUUGUCAAAGUGUCAUAAAUUAAAUACAGAAAAAGCGUUCAUCCUCAGUGCUAGCAUUUCAGUUAUUUUUCCUAUUGUAGGAUGGUUUCUGUAUUGUUGUCCGUAAAUAAAAUUAUCCAUAUUGUCACUCUGAGAAUACGAAGCAUGACCAAGAAGUAUAAUGUAAAAUGCAGUGUAAAGUAAAAAUACUUUGUAAUUUAUAGCAAGGAUCUCUUUAUAUAUUUGCAGUGCAAUACUAACAAAGUGUGUUGUGUUGUUUUGCAGGAUGUGAAACUGAGACAUUUCUUUUUAAAGAAAUUUGGCACCAGCGUAGCUGGUAUUAGUGGUUUCUACCACACAGACUGUCAACCUCUUCCACUCCCUUAUUCCUGUUUCUUAAACUUUACAUCCUAAAUGAGUAAUUUAGGAUUGCUGCAAUCAGUUACUUAAAAGUACCUGAAGAAGUGUUCAGGGGGUGCCAGAAACAAAGGGAUCUGAUUAUUGCCUUGCUGUGUUUUGGAAGUUUCUGUUCUAUAUAAGAACAGUUCAGGUCUCUAAUGAAAAUGACAAAAGGUACCCCAAACCUAAAGUGAUUUCUUUCAUCCUCUCAGAUCUAAAAAUUAACUGUAUUUUGAUGGUACCUAGUAGAGGAAAAGAUGGAUGGAAAAUGAGUUGAUGAGAGCAGCAGCUUUUUAACUGGUCCCUGUAUAAUAGAUGUUGCUGCUGUUUCACAGCUGG